AUGUCCGCUGCUGGGAGUGCCUCUCAAGGGACGAAACGCAAAGAAUUUCUUCAACGUUUUGGAGAGAGAAGAGGGUGACGGGGUCGCAGGGUCCGACAACCCACGACACAACCCCCAGCACCGGUCACCCCGGUGGUCUAGUGGUAUCCUCGUAAUCCGCUAGUCGCAGAGGUCGUGAGUUCGAAUCUCAAUGGCGUGAAAAAUACGAAAGUUGCGGGUGAAAGCGAAAUAGUCUAUAGUUCAAUCAAAAAGCUCGAGCAAACUCCUUUGUGUUGGUCGAAGAUGGACUGCGCCUCUGCACAAGCCCAACAUGUCACCAUGCACAUACUACUCCUGCCGUUCACCUGUCGCCGUCCUUCCACAUCUACCUGUCCAUGACACAUGCUGCCACUUGAUGCGGCAACUUCUGGGAACAACACGGACACAGGGAGUACCCCCGUACCCGUACGCACAACCUCUCAUUCCUCCCUUGUCAAACACAAAUGAUGUAACAUGCAUGAAAUGAUGAACUCUGUCUAUAUUUACGAGUAUGGUCCACGCUGCCUACAAAUCGGAGAGGUAGCCAUACCUCCUGCCUACACACGGACGAGAGAGGUGAACACACCCACUGCAUUUAACACACACCCACAUGUCGGUGGUGAAACCUCAUCAACCACACGCCUCUAUCGGCGACCACGUCAUCAGGAGGCAAUGAUGAGAAAUGUUCUCCCGUGCCCUUCUCACAUUUAACGACAUGAAAUUCCACAACAUAACAUAUAUGAGACACACAAGACAGCUACCAAACUGAUUUGUUGAGUGAGCCUGUCACCCGAGAGUUGUCCCUAUAUGCUGUCUAGGAAAUCGUAGACAUACAGGUAGUUUUCUCUGACCCUAUGCUUCAAUUGUUAAUCUGUCUCUGACUCUUUUUCUAUGAUAGAGAUGGCACAUCAGCCGCACAUACUCCGCACAUGUGCAUACUAAACUGAGAAUAUGUUUGUAAACUGAUGGAGAUUGCAUGUGUUAGAACUAAUAGGGUGCGACACACAAAACGCCCGACUACCCAACAGUACCCAACACCUUUCGUCUGCACCUUCCCAACAUAACAUAUAUGAGACACACAAGACAGCUACCAAACUGAUUUGUUGAGCCUGUUACCCACAGGGGAGAUGUCCCUAUAUGCU